GAUUCUACUCGCGUCCCGUUCAUCGGAAACAUUCUACGUGUGCGCGCCCGCCGUCCAGUGACUACGUUGAGUGAAUGAUCUGAGCGUAAAACGGUAUCAUCGUCGUCGUAGGCCGUCGUGUGUAAUAAUAAUAAUAAUAAUAAUAAACUAUUACUAUUAUUAUUGUUGUAAAAAAUAAAAAUAUAUAUCAUUAUUAAAUACCUAUGACAAGGCUGUAUGUUUCAGUGUAUGCCGAUUAUGUCGCGAUCGGACAUGUUUCCUUAGGUGAUUUAUAGAUACAUAGACAUAAUAGUAUCAGACAUUGUUGUCGUUCGUUUUGGCUUCGCGUUUCGUUCCAAUAAAUCGUUUCACCGCUCCGACGGCGCUAUAAUAUUAUUGUACAAUGCCGUCCGUUCUGCAAACGCCGCGCAUUUGAUAUUUGGCAUAAUAUUAUUAUUAGCAUCGCCGUCGCCUGCGCCGCCACUGAAUACGCGUACGAACAAGACCGUCGGAUACCGUGAAAAAGAUAUAUAAAUACCAUAGCAAAAUCGCACUUCCGCACCAAAAGCCAUGGCCGAUGUCGUAGUUUUCGACUUGGAAUUGCAAAACAACGAGGCUCAUCCCGUCAACGGGCCGAAGAACAACAGCGAUUCCGACGACGAAUUACUCGAAAUCGUAGAGGACUGUUAUGAUCAAGAACCCAACAUUUAUGAUUAUGACGAAAAAUCCAGUGAUGUAGAAACAUUAAAGUUAUCAGAAAGAACUGUAAACCUUACCAAAGAAAAGUUAACUCCAGAUUGUUUCGAGAUAUUGAAAGUAUUAGGAAAAGGAGGUUAUGGAAAAGUGUUUCAGGUUCGCAAGAGGACUGGUAAUGAUACGAAUCAAGUUUUUGCCAUGAAAGUCUUACGUAAGGCCACAAUUGUAAGGAAUUCCAAGGAUAUGGCUCAUACGAAAGCAGAACGUAAUAUACUCGAGGCUGUAAAGCAUCCGUUUAUAGUCAGUUUGUUUUAUGCAUUUCAAACAAAUGGAAAACUUUAUCUUAUUUUGGAAUAUUUAAGUGGUGGCGAACUUUUCAUGCAUUUAGAACGAGAAGGAAUAUUCUUAGAAGACACAGCAUGCUUUUAUCUGGCAGAAAUUAUUAUUGCAAUACAGCAUUUACACAGUCAAGGCAUAGUUUACAGAGAUUUAAAACCAGAAAAUGUAUUAUUAGACCAAGACGGUCAUUUAAAACUGACCGAUUUUGGUUUAUGUAAAGAACAUGUUCAUGGGGUCAGCGUGACACAUACAUUUUGCGGUACUAUUGAAUACAUGGCACCAGAAAUUUUAACUAGAAGUGGUCAUGGAAAACCAGUUGAUUGGUGGUCACUUGGAGCUCUUAUGUUUGACAUGUUAACAGGAACUCCCCCUUUUAGUGCUGAUAAUAGAAAAAAAACUAUUGAAAAAAUACUUAGAGGGAAACUUAUCAUGCCACCUUAUGUAUCACCUGAAGCUAAAGAUCUUAUGAGAAAACUACUUAAAAGACAAGUUAGCCAUAGACUGGGAUCUGGUAUAAACCAAGGAGAAGACAUAAAAAAUCAUCGUUUUUUCCAAAAAAUUGUAUGGAAAGACAUAAUAAACCGUAGUUGUGAAGCUCCAUAUAAACCAAAAUUAACUGGUGCAGACGACACAACACAAUUUGAUUCCAGAUUUACCAAUCAGCUUCCAGUUGAUUCACCUGUAGAAGAUUCAUUUAUGCCACAUGAUAAUGAUGAAUUUAAAUUUGAUGGUUUUACUUAUAUAGCUCCAUCAUUAUUAGACACUCUUGGCACAAGUACAAGUCGAGAACAUGCAUUAAAUGCACAUCAACAUUAUAGACCAGAAGAAAUGGAAAAGCAAAUGGACGACGAGGAUAUUUUCCAUAAGAAUGUAAUGCCAAAGAAACCAAAACUCGAAACGAGAAUACAAAAAUCAGGACCCACACCUGUGAUUCAAGGUGGAAUAUAUGACUCUAGAAGACCCAUUGACCAAUUUCAAAGAGGGCCUAUUCCACAAAAUUGUAAUCCAUCCAGUGAUGAACCAAUUACAUCAACAUGUACUAUGCUAUCUGCUACCAGAAUUGAUGAAGAAAUGGAAACCGAUAAGUCAUCUUCACCAUCACUGUAUCCAAAUGUAGCGAGGUCCAAUCCAGUACCAGUAGAUCAACCCCGAAUUGUGCAAGCUAGCACCACAAAUUACAGAGAAAUAGACCAAUCAAGGUUGUUUGAUGCAUGUGCUCGACCAUUUAACAAUCACUCUGCUAGGAAACCAUAUAGACCUCAUGUGUUGACAACAGUCAACAGUAGUAAUUUCCUUAAUCAGAAUCAAGAUGAGAUGAUGGAAGUUGCUUCCACAUCUAGUAUACCGGCUCAAAUUUAAUUAAUUAGGGUAAUCAAUGUGUUUAGAAGAGACCUGUUUCCAAACCAAUCAUAGUUACCUUGUUGGUUAUAAUGCUAUUUUCUGGUAGAUCUUGGCUACUUUUAACUUGUGGCCUUAAGGAUCAGCUAAUUUUAUAAAGUCUUUUUUUUUUUAACGGUAAUUCAUUGGCUUGAUUUAAAGUGAUAAUUUUUACAAAUUUUAUAAUAUGUAAGGUUAUUUACAAUAAUUGUUAUAAAUGUUAUAAUUUCCAAAGUUAAAGGAAAUUUUCUAACUUUAUAAUUAAGUUAUACUACAAUUUAAAUUGAAUGUUAAUGUUUUUUUCCAAUAAGUUUUUGAAAUUUUUUAAUUUCUAAUAUAUUAUAUUAUGUGUAUUAAGUGUAAAUUAUUAUUAGCCAAGGUUUAUCUGAUCUUGGAUAACAUUCAAUUAAAAAAAUGUGUGGUUGGGGUCACGAUAUUUUGAUUUUUUUUUUUUGACAGACAAGGAAAUAGUUCUCUUUUUAAAUAUUACUAUGAUAUUAAUGUGACCAUUUUAUUUUCUACCAUAUUAGAAAUAUAUUCUGUUUAUUUGGUUUAAUCAUCUUAUUAUGUUAAGGUUAUUGUUAUUUAGCUAAAUUAUUAAUCGAGUGUUUUAUUUUAGUUAUUAUUUUUAUUUAAGUAGAUGUAUUUGCCUAUUACAAUGUAAAUAGUGAAAACUAGAUAAUUAUAUGAAAUUAAUCCAUUAUUUAGUAAUAUUUGCUCCAAAAGAAUUUUCAAACCAGUUAUUAGAAUAACAUUUUGAACUCAAGGUGAGGUUGGGUUAGGUUAUUUUCUAUCAAUACUGAGCUCCGUAUUGAUAGAAAAAUAUCUAUGCAAUACCAACCCAUAGUUCUUAAUAUCUUGAAUAGACUUUAAAUAUUUAUCAACAAUCUAUUUUAUUAUUAUAAUUAUGUACUAAUAAUACAUACUGUUAUAGUCAUGCAAUAUUACAUUUAUAUAUAUAUUUUUCUAAUAUCUAAUUAAACACAUUAUAAAUAAAUUACAAACAUGUUUGUACUAAUAUGAAACAUUAGAUUGCUACUUUUAUAAUCUAAAAUAUAUUAUUUUUUUUUUCUACUACGCUAUGUGCAGGCAUUAAUAUUAUUUUAGUGAACUAAACUUAUGUAUAAUUAUUAAUUAGAGUUUUGAAAUUGGAGAUGAGUGUUUUAGAAAAAUUGCAAACAAUUAAUGAAUAUUAUAUUGUAGUUUCAUCUAAUUUAUACCAAGUUUAUAAUCCGUAGGGAAGGGGGAUAAGGUUAAAAGAUAAUCUUGACAACAGUAAUUGAUAUUAUUGUUGUUUUAAAAAUAAUAAUUAUAAAUAUCUCAUAGUUUUAAUACUUUUCAAUUUUGUGAUUUUCCAAACUCCAUAUUUUUUAUUAAUGUUAAUAUUUUUACCAAAUCAUACAUUAUAAAAUAUAAAUGUACUAAUGUGAAAAUGAUGUAUAAAAAAUGAUACAGCAUUAAAAACCAUAUACUUAAAGUUGUUUAAUUUCAGUGUACAGAUAUUUUAAUGAAUUUUGAAACGAAACUACUGUGUUCAUUGUAGAGAAUCAUAUACUAAUAAUGAGUAUUAUAUGAUUUCUUUAAAAGGCUGUACUGUAGCCUAUUUUCAUAAUAUGCCAGUAAAAUGGUAUUGAUCCAAUGUAUAAUUAUUGAUAAUAAAUGAUUGUUUUUAUUACAAAA